AUGCCCACACGCGAGGGAACAACAUCUACAUAUCCAACUUACUCGCGUCCAGUCAGCUUACGCGUAAGACCCACUACCUCUGAAGAUAAGGACUGGUGGGGUGAAAACUACCAAGUUGCCAUUUUACGCACUUUCAUUCCACACAAAGAGUUUAAAUGGGACAUCAAGAGCAAUUCCCGAGUUAAAUUUUUACAACCAAAGUCCUUGUCAUUAUCAUUGACAUAG